GCUUAGCACGUAAGUUCCGCGCUCGCGAUAACAAGCUAAUUAAAAAACUAUUAUUUUUCACGAAAAAGGGAUUGUGGCUCGUAGUUCCGCUAGGUAGUGUCAAAAGAAAGGAUAGACAAAAAAGAAAAAGUAACCUCGAGCCCACUUUCACUGUGUCCAUUCAUCUGGACUGAUUAGUUUAAAGAUAUAAUGAACCUGGUAGGUUAAUACGUGUAAUGUAACUAUAUAUACACGUCUUACAAUUUCUCGAUCCCUCGGUAAGGACCGCUCUGCUGCUAAUCCUGCAUGGAAUUUGUUUUCUUCAUCUCAUAUAUGCCAGUGAUGUUAACAAGAAUGCUGAAAGGUUCAUCACUUUAUUGCGUUUGGCAAAUCAGCCCGGAGUCGAAAUUAAGAAAAUGGGUUGGGUUCUCACUGGCUUAGGAGCUGGUGUGGCCAUUGUUCUAGUAGCCGGGGUGGCGCUCGUACUUUGUAAAAGUAGCUGGCGAUUUUACGUAAGUAGGUAUUUUGUCGGUUGGCAAUGUGGGCCCAGAAACGUAUGGAGUAUCUGUGAAGAAUGGCUACAAAGACUAUCUUGGUUGUGGGCGCCUCGAGAAGAAAAGGUGGGUCUGGUGAAAGCACAGCAUCCUACCGCUCAAGCCGUACCAGGUUUAUACCGUCACACUGGAAACACAUCUCACCACUUACUUCAUAGUGAUAGCGAUCUUAGGCUCGAUGCGCAGGGAUCUUUUACGAGGUUUGAAGCAGUCGACAAAGAUCUCCAUCCUCCUUUGGGAACCGGAUGUACAAUACCGCCUCAACCAUUGAGACCAGCUCCUCAACCGAGACAGACAGCACGUCCCAGACCCUCGCCUCUUUAUGCAUCGAAUAACGUAGAUUACUUCAGAAUGCAGGAUAAUAAUUGCGGUCCACUAACACCUCCUCCAUUUCUAUUCAAAGCUCCAAGCUCAUCUCGUGUCUCAGAACCAUCGAUCUUCCUCUUUCAGAAUGAAGAUGUAAAUGCAUAUACUGAUCAUUUGACGUUGAGUUUCGAUAGUUAUGCGUCUUUCAGAACCAGCGAACAGUCAAAGAUAGGAUUCGAAAAUUACACUUGUAGGAAUUUACCUGAAACCAUCCAAAUGUCCUCAAGUGAGGUUCAACAUCAGACCGAAAUGAGAUCAUCGAAUUUUGAUCGAAGAUAUGACAUGGAAAUUGAGAAUGGUCGGCGAAAAGAGUUAUCUGCUACAAGAAAUAGUUCCUACAAAGAAUAUGAUCAUGUGGAUGAACCUGCCAAAAUAAGAUAUAGUGUACAAGGAGCCCCAAUAUCGAAGCAUGAGUUAAAGUUUGAAUAUAAUGAUCAUGAUAACUUUUGCCAAGCAUCUCAACCCUACGGGAGCUAUGACAUCGUGCAGAGGAACAGUGCAGCACGACAGCAUACCAUGCACGAAUCUACAGAAAUUAGUCGCAGCUUCGGGUUACGAAACUGUAAUAAUAUCACAACACAAACUAGCAUUGAUUCGAUCUGCAGGCCACAAACUGUCUCGAAGAUAUUACAGAAUGCUCAGGUCUUAUCCAACCACCUAACGCAAAAGGUAAACGAGAUUCAAAACAUCGAGAUGGUUCCCUUCCGAACGCCUGUUCAAGAAGAUUCGCUUGGGAAUUACAGCUUACAUAGCAGUCCUACAAAAUUACAAGGUUUACAGCGAGUGUCAGAGUACAUUCAAAACCUUCCUGAUCGCUCUAUGUACGAUACGUCACAUAAUCAUCUAUCUUACCAUGAACACGAAGGAUUUUUCCGAGAUAUCCACUUUAUGACUUCACCAAACGGAGUCGUAGAAAAGACAACUAGUUUUGUACCGCCACCUGCUCUACCAAAUCCUCCGAAUUCUGGAACGAUGUUGAGGAAAAAUGGCCCUACCACUGGAGAAAGAAUAUUUAAUGCCUUGAGAUCAGUCACAUCGCAGAGUUACAUAGACGCUUCCGAAUUUUACAAUUCUGUUCGAUCAACAGCACAACAGGUGCAAAAUUUUAAAUUCUCCUCUCUGGAUCGCAUCCCGUCUGUUAAUGACGGAACUUUAAGGUAUCCUGACCACAUGCAAAAGCCUUACAUGGAUAGAGAGAGUGAAGCAAGUAUCACGAACUCAGUAGGACUGGGUUUAGAUCUUUACAAUCCUGAACUUAAUUUAGAAGCUAACAGAACAGCACAAGAGGUUUACAAAAGUCUGCAGGAUACUUCAACCUCAACGCUUCUUCCUCAGGACCUAAGUCAAGAACCUUACUCUUAUUUACAGGAUCCCAGUUUUACAAGGACUUCCGAAGAUAUUUUCAAUAGUUUAGAACAGAGGAGAAAAAGUAUGGAAAGGCUGAAUGAUAUUCAAGAACAUAUUGAAAUGGAAUCUAAUGAUAUUUCAAGGCGAAAAAGCAGCCAGGAUCUUUAUGCUGCUUUAGAAGAAGUUCAGAUGAAACGUCGAUUGUCUCAGGGCAUGGACGAGUCGUAUAUGGGAUAUUCCAUGGGAGAUUUCAUAGAUAGGAGUCUUGGAGUACUACGCGGUUCUUUACCUGAACCAGAACCCCCACCUGAUUCAUCAACUUUGCAACGUGCCGUCAGUUUUGAAAGUGUAUCUUCUGAUACCAGUGUAAAUCUAGCAGAUCUGGAUGAAGCUCCAAUUGUAGGCCACGUAUGUGUAGGUCUGGAAUAUGAAAAAUGGGGUGGUCGCAAAGAAGGUGAAGGAGGUCUGUCUGUAAGCGUGUUAGAGGCUAGAGAUUUAAUUACAGCAGAUGGACAACCUGCGCAGGACACUUUUUCGAGAGUAUAUAUUUUGCCAAACACCCACACAGUUGCCCAAACUAGGCUUUGCCGAUGCUCGCCAUCUCCAAGCUAUCAAGAAAAGUUUCUUUUUCCACUGGAAGGUGGCCCUGUUGGCAGAACUCUGCUAGUGAAGGUAUUUUCAAUAGAAAUGGGAUUAGAAGCUGAAGCAUCUCUAUUGGGAGAGGCAACUUUAAGACUGCGUCCAGCUCCAAGACCACCAGCCACAACUUGGCUUCCACUUGUAAGCCCAGCUUUACCUGUUCCUCGACUAGGGGAACUCAUGUUCUCGAUAAGUUACCUUCCUACAGCCGAGCGACUGACUCUCGUGGUAGUGAAGGCCAGAAACAUUCGUGGGACUCAAAGUAUGGAUACGAAAAAACCGGGUGACAUAAUACCUGGAAACUUUUUCGUGAAGGUUUAUCUGCUACAGCAAGGAAAAAAGGUACACAAAAAGAGAACAUCUAUCAAGAAGGGAGAAAAGAGUCCGAUUUUUAAUGAGGCGAUUAUCUUUAGUGUACCAGCCCAUGCUUUGCAGACUAUUCAGUUAAGACUGACAGUAGCGGAGGUAACUGGAGAUCAGAUCCUGAAUGCAAAAUAUUCUGUGGGACACGUCAUCGUAGGAUCCUCGACAUCAGGAAGAGCAUUGGCUCAUUGGCGACAAAUGUUAGCAGCACUGAGAAAACCUGUUGCUAUGUGGCAUCCUCUCAGAAAAUAAGUUUUUCAGCUUCUUCCCAGCUGAAUGGAGGGGAUCAUGCGGUCGUUUCCUCGUUCUCGGGCUCCCCACUAGGG